AUGAGAGAGCGCAUUACCUUCAUCCAGAAGCAGGGCGACUCAAUCGAGCCUACAACCCUCAAGAUCAAGGGUGGUGAUGCUGAGAAGGAUGGUGCUGAGGAGGGCUCCGAUGUCGAGAACGACAUGGAUGUCGACGAGGCUGACCUCAACGGCCCAGAGAUCCAGGCUGCCCGUGAAGACAGACUCACCAUUGCAAUCGAUGAACUACCGACAGACCUGCAAGCGCUCUUGGGAACAGCUCAUGAGCUUCACAUCAGAUACGUCAGCUCGCAGCCAUACGAAGCUAUCACCCCCUUGCUAGCUAGGCUGCCGCCUGGCUUCCAUCUGUUCUACACCCCGGCAAGGGAAGCCGAUGCCACAUCUCCAGCACUCUGCCUUGCCCUCAAUAAAGUAUUCGGAAAUGUUCAGUGUGAAAACCCGCAGGAAUCAUUCGCGACUCUGCCAAGGGACCGUUUCUCUCACUCAGCUGCCUAUCAAUACUACCAGCAAUCGGUAGACUUCUCCCCAUUUAUUGAAUAUGCCAAAGAGAGGCUGUGUUCAUCUUCCAAGGACCAAUCUUGCGCUUCCAGAGCCGACCGCUUAGCAGAGGCCAGCACGCUGGACAUCUCAUAUGAUGCUAUCUCCCAUGCCGUCAAGCUCACUGCAACAUGGCCCUACCAGAAGCAAGAGGUGCACGCGACAUCCCGUCCACAGACACGGACAGAGGUCGGAGUCUUGAACUCUGACCGGCCAGGACACGUCGAGCCUCAUGAGCUGGCGAUUUCCGGUCUCCUCACCGUGUUGGGGCAGGAUAAGAAGCCGUCAGCGACCAUGUUUGCUUUUGCCUCUCGACAUCGUGACGCUGAAUCGAGUUUCUCGGCCGAGUUUUUGGAGCCAACCGGUCUUCACCCUACCCUCAAACUCAACCUGAAGUCCAGCAAGCCACCUACUGAAGAUGCCCACUGCUCACCACACGCAUACUUCACCCUUCCCAAGACCAUCUUCGCCGACAGACAUCAACUAUCAGAUGACCUCUUUCUGGCCUCGAAGAAUCUGACCGGUCUACGCUACAUCUCUCAGCCCGUGGACCUCGAGGCUCCUGAAUAUGUUGAGAAGCGCUGGGGCUCUUCGCUUCUCUUGGAACUCUCGCCUCCCGAACACGAAAAAUCCGAGUCAUGGACGGCCCAAGUUCCCUUGCAUUUGCGUUACCUAUCCCCCGCCGAAGGUGGCUACACCGAUAUUGAGGUUCCGUACCCGGCUGUUUUCUGGGCCUGCACGGCUGAGGAGGGCACCAAGUUCCCUAAUAAUCCAUUUGAGAAAGUCAACCUCGGCUACGACGGCCUUUUUGGUCCCAGAACGGUAUUCUGGCAUUUCGAGCCUCGCCCCGCAACUGAUAACAGUUUGAUCAACACCAUCAAGGUGCCAGUUUUGGAUACAAACAAGGCGGAGUGGGUAAGCGGCGGUACCGGGCUAGCGGUACUCCUUGGCUUUGCCUGGAUUGUGUGGAAGUUGUUUGGAGUGCUCUCAAAGUCUGGAUACCAAAACCAACCCGCUCAAGCUGCGGAAGCUGCCAAGAUCAAGAAGAAGCAGUAA